AUGGGAGAAGUAAAAAUAACAGGGGACAUAAAAAUCGGAGGUGACAAUCCGUGCUUUAUCAUCGCAGAAGUUGGCCAAAAUCACCAAGGUGACAUUGAGAUAGCGAAAAAACUAAUAAAAGCCGCCAAGGAAGCUGGUGCCAGUUGUGUGAAAUUUCAAAAGACAUGCCUCAAAGAGAAAUUCACUAACAAGUAUUUAGAGCGUCCAUACGACAAUUCAAACUCCUGGGGCAAAACAUACGGAGAUCAUAAAAGGCAUUUGGAAUUUUCCGAAGCUCAGUAUAGAGAACUGUUUAAAUAUGCCCAAGAAGUCGGAAUUCCCUUUACAGCGUCUGCUAUGGAUAUGGUAUCCUUUGACUUCUUGGUAAACCUGAAGGUACCAUUCAUAAAAAUCGGUUCCGGUGACUCCAAUAACUUGCUGUUUCUAAAGUAUGCAGCUAGUAAGAUGGUACCGCUCAUUAUAUCUACUGGGAUGGUCGACAAAUCUGCUGUGAAAACAAUAUAUGACAUAGUAUCGGCAAAUCAUAAACGUUUUUGCCUCUUGCAUUGCAUAUCGGCGUACCCUGUGCCAUUUGAAGACUGUAAUUUGACUGUGCUGCAAGAUUACAAGAACACUUUUGACGUACCCGUCGGAUAUUCGGGUCAAGAGCUGGGUACUGCAGUUGCGUUAGCAGCGGUUGCUUUGGGUGCUAAGGUGUUAGAAAAACACAUCACAUUAGAUAAGACUAUGAAAGGUACUGAUCAUGUCUGCUCCUUGACACCAGCCGAGUUUAAACAACUUAUUAAAGACGUCCGAGUCAUAGAGGCAUCACUCGGUACACCGAUUAAGAAAGUUGUCACAUCUGAGAUACCGUGCAUUGAUAAACUGCAAAAAUCUCUUGUAAUGGGUUGUACGAAGAAUAGAGGAGAAAUAUUAUACCCCGGUGACGUCAAGAUUAAAAAAGAAGACGAGCCGUUGAACGAAGGAGACUUUUGUUAA